AUGGCUCAGAAAGAUGCCCCUGCCAAGCAAGGCAAAUGGGCCGAAACGCCUGACGCAAAGCUGCCGAACGUGCUGAUCCUAGGCGAUUCCAUUUCCAUUGGUUACACGCUUCAAGUACGUGAAUUGCUUGAGGGCAAAGCAAACGUCUUCCGACCGCAUGUGCCAGACGGAACCAAGCCUGAAAACUGCGGUGGGACAACACGUGGCGUCGCUUCCAUCGAUCGCUGGCUGGGAGACCGCAAGUGGGACGUGAUUCAUUUCAAUUGGGGACUGCACGACUUGAAGCAUGUCACCGAGCCCGGCGGCAACACGGUCUCGAAAGAUCCGAAAGACCCUGUGCAAGCGACUGUCGAACAGUACACCAAGAACCUGCAGCAGAUUGUCGAUC